AUGGCAUCUCAAAAACUCGCUCAGUUUGGCAAGAAGCAUAUCGCCAAGGGCAUUGGCCGUAGUACUGAUUUGGUGAUCGAGAGAGGCCAGGGCACAUUUGUUUACACUGUCGAAGGAAAGAAGUACCUUGAUCUUACCACAGGCAUUGGUGUCACCAACACAGGUCACUGUCAUCCCAAGGUUGUGAAGGCAGUGCAAGAGCAAGCCGCUACCUUGUCACAUGGUCAAGUCAAUAUCUUUUUCCAAAAGCCUAUGUUGGAUUUGAUCGAAGCCUUGAAGCCUCGCAUGCCAGCUCCAGAACUUGAUACCUUUUUCUUCUGGAAUUCAGGCUCGGAAGCCGUCGAAGCCGCUAUUAAGGUGGCCCGCCACGCUACCAAGCGACAGAACAUCAUCGUGUUUCAAGGCUCGUAUCACGGUCGCACCUUUGGUACCAUGGCAUUGACCACGUCCAAGACCAUCUACAGUGCUGGUUACGCCCCCCUCAUGCCUGGUGUCCAUGUGGCUCCUUUCCCCUACUAUCAGCAGUGGGCUGCCCAUAAAGCUGAUCCUAACCGCUUCACAGCUGAAUGGUGUGGUGAGGAAGCACUCCACCAGGUCGAACUUUUGCUCAAGCAACGCACCGCUCCUCAGGAUACCGCCGCUAUUCUCGUUGAACCCGUGCAAGGUGAAGGCGGUUACGUCGUCCCUCCUCAGAACUUUAUGGACGGUUUGCGUCGUAUUUGCGAUCAACACGGCAUUCUCCUUAUCUGUGAUGAAGUCCAGUCCGGUUUUGGACGCACAGGAAAGAUGUUUGCUGUGGAACAUUUCGGUGUGACACCUGAUAUCUUGGUCAUGGCCAAAGGCAUUGCUUCCGGUUAUCCCUUAUCAGCUAUUGUUUCGCGUCAGGACAUCAUGGAUAAGCAACCUCCAGGAUCCAUGGGUGGUACCUAUGCCGGUAAUGCCAUUGCCUGUGCUGCCGCCAAAGCCACACUUCAAAUCUUUGAGGAAGAAAAGAUUUUGGAAUCAUGCAACGAAAGAUCGAAACAAUUCUUUGACGGAUUGCGAUCACGCAUUCCUACCGUGGUCCCCGAAAAUGUAAAAGUGGAUAUCCGUGGUUUAGGUUUGAUGAUUGGUAUCGAGUUCAUGGGUGUGCCCACCGGUUUUGCAGGCUCGGUGGCUCAAGAGGCACUUAAGCGGGAUACCCUCGUCCUUACCACUUCCAUCUACGAAACACUGCGUUUGAUUCCUCCGUUGAAUAUUUCCAAGGAAGAGACCGACUUGGCACUGAAUAAUGUGAUUGCCAGCAUUGAAGCCGCCGCCAAGCAACUUGCCUAA